AUGGACAAGGAUCGCUUAUUUCUCCCGGACGAGGUGGUGGACAUGGACCCAAACAUGACAAAUCGGUUACACCAACAUACCGUAGUAUUAGACGACGGUGCGCAAGCAAGCACAUCCUACUCCCGAGUUUCUCCCCCGAAAGCGAUCAUCGAUAGCAGUCCACUGCAGAGCGCCAUGGACAAGAAUAAAGAAUCACUAAAAGUGAAGCUGUUGGUACGAAGAUCCUUUGAUCAGCUCGUUCAGCAAGGAAUAAUGCCACCAUUGAAAACGUCCCCGGCUAUUUAUGAACAGCGAAGACAGCUGGAACGAGCCAAAACCGGUGAUUUACUGAAAGCAAAGAUCAAAAAGCGGCCCGAUCGUGUCGAGCUCGAGCAGCGACACAUUCUCGAGCAAUGCGACAGCAACGUCGACCCGAGCCUGGCGGAAAAGCGACGAAUGCUCGAGAAGGCGCUGCUGGUGGAUCACCUAAACUCAAAGAUAUCGCACCGACCGGGUCCGCUCGAUCUGAUCGGGAAGAACAUUCUUCACGUGGAGGAACCGAUCGAACGUAUGGUAAAGGAAGGACUGGUGGAUUAUGCGUCGACACUAGACGAGUCGAACAUUUCCGUGGCCACUCCCUCGAUGGAGGGCGAAGAUUCGCUUAGCUCCGAGGGUGAAUCGUUGCACAGCGUGGCCGUAGCAUUGGUAAGCCAACCGGGAACGACACUACUGCAGCAUCAGAUACAGCUGCAAACACUGCAAGGGCCAACACAUGCACCAACCCAACAACCUCCAACAGUUAUAACAACUGGAAAGCCUGAGUUUUUUACCCUGAAACCAACGAUUCCUAUCGUUGUGAGUGAUGGGACGGUGUUGGCAACGAUCGCUACACCGGUGGUGACGACCGCAACGGCAGUUGCCACUAUUACCGCUGUAACCGGUGGUAACAUUGCAACCGUGGCGGAAGUCGCUAUGGAACAGGGUAACAGUAGCAGCACCAGCACGCCAACCUCCACGCUUCGACCAAUACUGCCAACGCCAAGUGCCAACAUUAGCGGCGAUCUGUCUUCAGUUCGACCGACACUCACCAUGACAACGAUGCCCACGGACAUCAAGGUGCUCAGUAGUAGCAGCAGCGGUAACACUGGCAGCAGCUUCAAUUCCGGCGGUGGCAAAGAGAAGCUAGUGAAGAAAAAGAGCAAGUCGAAAAGCAUCACAAAGGCAAAGCCGAUCAAGUUUCAUGAAUAUAAAGGACCGCCAAAUGCUCACAAAGGAUCGUCAUCUUCGUCAUCCGUGGCAGGACACGGUGGCACUAGUGGACCCGGUGGUUCCGACAACAAUUAUCAACUGAUCAUGCAGCAGCAGUAUUUGCUGGAAUAUCUCGAAGAGAUGUGCAAAAAACCGACCGGCGUAUCUUCACCCUCCAGUCGAGAGCAAUCACAAAUCACAACGGAUGGGGAAGAAAUUGCAGGCAGUGAUCAUACGCCUAUUGAUUCACCCCUCAGUGUGGGUGGCGGAAGUGGUGGUGUAGGGGCAGGAUCAUCGAGGAGCAAAAAUUCGACCGCCGGUGUUAAUAGCUCAACAUUGCCCACUACACCGGCCAAUACAGUGGAUCUUGCCGUCGAAACGUUAAAUAAGCUUAAAGUGUCACAACUGAAGAAGUACUGCAAACAGUACAAUCUCGCCGUUUCCGGAACGAAGUCUAAUCUGAUCGAACGGUUGAAACCAUUAAUUAAAUCGAUCGAUGCAAAUGCCGCGUCCGCUGGAUCUCCUGUUGGAGUAACGGAUCCGGAGCUGGAAGAUAGCUUGUUAGCGGAACAGCAGAAGCGUAUAGCUGAGUUGCAGCAGCAGCUGAAGAAGAGUCAGGAAGAGCUGGAACAGUUCCGCUCGCUGUGCAAUAACCCAUUCGUUGGUUCAGGAGGAAAUACAAUCGCGACCGAGGAGCCGAUGGUGAUAAACGCCCCGGUAACCAUUCCUCCACCACCGCCACCACCACCUUCCCUUGGUACGGUGCUGGUAGGAUCGCCGUUCUCCAUCUCUACUGGUGACUCUUGCGAUGCGCCCAGCGUUGGCAGUGAUGCUGUUGGCGCUGGUAGCAAUCAAACAAUCGAGCAAACAAAACCCGAACCAACAGUUCCCGCACUUGAGGGCAGUUUUUUGCUGGAAGGACUCACAGCCGUUAAUGCCGAUGCUGUAGAUUAUGGGCACGAUAUGCGAGAAAUACUACCACCGGAGCUUAGAAGUACGUUGUCUCUAGACCGUAGCCCUACACAUCGACCAACGCUGGAUAAAGUGUUGGGUCAGGUGCAGCCAACCAUUUCCGGGCUAACAAUGAAUUCGGAAGCAAACGAAGAUCGUGUCGGAAUGGCAUCCGUGUCGAUGGAUCUGGGAAUGCGUUCGUUGUCACGCACCAACAUGGGCACGUUGGUUGGUGGUAGCAGUAAUGUAAGGGCUACUGGUGGAGACAUGCAAGAUUUAUCACUGAGCAUGAAGUCAGUUAAUUUCGAUACGGUCAAUGAUGGUGGAGAUACGUCGAUGCAGCAGGACACGAUCAUGCUAAAUGACUUUGAAGAUAUCGAUCUGGUAGACUUUCAUAUGCACUCGUUAGACAGUGAUGGACCGUUCCCAAUGAUAACAAACCACGACCCCGAUCCUACCAGCACGAGUGAACAUCGCCAGCACACGACACCGCACGACACGGUCGGUUUGUUUUGCAACCGUACUGACUCUGACAAUGGAGGCAAAAUGUUAUCGAACGGGUUUGCGGAUCAACCGCAAACUCAGCACAUGCACGAUGAUAUGUUGCACGAUCAUCAUCAGCACACGUACUUGAACAACAAUGAUCUAGUGAGCAGUAGUGAUGGGGCCAAUGUAAUGCUGCAUUUGGAUUUGAUGGACCAUAAUGAUCACCAGACGAGUUUGGCUGCGCCAACCGACACGAAACCACUUACUUUCGGUAGUCUUCACCUUGCCCAGCAUCCGCUACAGCACAACGGGGAUCAUCAUCAUCAUCAUCAUCAAAACACGAGUCAUCUCCAGCAGCAACAACAACAGCAUCAUAGUGACAGCAACAAUAACACAAGCUACGAUGCUAACCGAUCCGCAAUAGGAUUGCUUCGGUUUACCGUGCAAGAUCAGCCUAUCGCAAGCACCAGCACUAGCAGCAGUAGCAGUAGUACCAGCAGCAGUCCCAGCAGUUGUUUCCGAGGGCUGGGAACUUCACUCUCGUCGAAACAUGCCAACAAACAGAACCAUCAUCUAAAUUUGCAUCAACAGCAGCAACAGCAGCAUCAACAGCACCAACCGCAACAGCAGCAGCAACACCAGCAACAACAACAUCAUCAACAUCACAAUCUGUUGGACCAACUUUCGACACCGCCAUCGACCAAUAGCGAGAACAGCACGGUAAUUGGCGAUACGAUCGAUUCAUUUCAGGACAAUGCAAUGGAUUUCGAGAGUUUGCUCACAAACGACACGGACAGCGUGCUAACCGAUAACAACUGCCACCGCAUGAUGCUGGACUGUGCUCAGGAUAAGCCCAUGUUAAGCUUUCUGCCGGAUCCGAGCAUUCUAGAUUACUUCUCCGAAGAAUGUAACGGUCUCGAUUACGAAAUAAAGCAUCUCGAGUACUAG